AUGAAUGCUUCAAGUAAAUAUGAGGUCGAGGGGAGUGGGGAGAAUAUUUCUUUGAUGGAAGAUGCCUCCGUACUAUUGAUGCUAUCCAAAAAUGUACCGAAGAAUGAUAAACAAUCAGUCGAUGAUAUCAAAAAAACAAAUGCUUCUAGUGACGAUAACAUGAAAAGAGUAAUAUCUAAUAACGAAAGUUUAAUUAAAGGAGAAGUGGAGGUUAAGAGACAAAAAUUGGAUAAUGGUGAUGAACUUAAAGAGAAUAACGAAAAGAAAGAGAAAGUAUGGCCAGUUAGCGAUGAUUAUAUAGUAGACCCAGAUGCUGGCGUGAUAACAUGUAUAUGUGGUUUUGAUGAUGAUGAUGGAUUCAGUAUUCAAUGUGACCAUUGUUUCAGAUGGCAACAUGCCGUCUGUUAUGGUAUUUAUGAUAACGAAAACGUCCCAGAAAUAUAUUUAUGUGAUGUAUGCGAACCACGUAAUGUAGAUAAAGAAAAGGCUAAAAAAAUUCAACUGCAAAGGUUUACGAACCAGGAAGUACCCGUGAAUGAGACAUAUGAAGAUGAAGACACAGGUAAACACGACACUAUAAAUAUAUUGACCUCAGAAAAUGGAUAUAUUAGAAAGCACACGAAACCAGAAGCAGUAAAUAAUGACAAUAAAGAAGUACAGGAAUCAGAUGUUGAAUCAAUUAAUAUGGAAUCAAAAUCAAAUAAAGAAGAAAGUAAUAACAGUGAUGAAAAUGAUGGAAAGGACAGAUCUAGAAAUAUCAAGGAACAUAUAAGGACACCAACAAGAAAUACAAGAUCAAGGAAUGAUGCAAUUCAAAAUCAAGGGCGUAUUCAAAGUAAUGAUAUAAAUGAUCAAAAUGCUGAUAUCACCGAUACAACAGUGCAAUCAAAGAAAAAGCAGGAGGUGUUCUAUUUAUCAGCGAAAUCCUCAUAUGAAGCAAUGUACCUUCCAAUGAAGAAAUUUAGUGUCCAGAACAAUUACGUCACUUUAUUUUUAGAAAAGCAUCUAAAUGAUGAUGUAGUUACUGAGGUUGAAAAUGCUACGGAUUUCAAAAAUAUGCCAAUUGAAGUUAAAUCAUAUGUUGAAUCUUCUUAUCUAAGAACAUUUCCAGGCUUCACAAAACUAGGUGUCUAUUUAAACAAAGACUGUGAAGAAGGUAAACUAAUACAUGAUAUUACAGGAGAUGUAAAUUUCAAGUCAAAUUAUAUACGCGAUCCAGGAAGUUAUUACAGAGUUUGGGGCACAUCUAAACCUAAAAUAUUUUUCCAUCCUACUUGGCCUUUAUAUAUUGAUACUAGAUUAAGUGGCAAUUCUACCAGAUACAUAAGAAGGUCGUGUAACCCCAAUGUUGAGAUUGCUACGAUAAAAACUUUAAAUAAUAAAACAAAGGACUAUGAAAUUAAAUUUAUGCUAAAAGCGAAAAGAGAUAUUGAAGAAGAUGAAGAAUUACAUUUACCAUGGGACUGGGAUAAAAAACAUAUAAUUUGGAAAAUUAUUAAUAAUAGCUCCAAUCCCACUCAUAUAUUAGAAAAUUUGAAAGACUCUGAUAAAUAUUUACUUUUAAAUUCUAUUGAUACUAUUCUUAGAAGCUGUGACUGUGCUUGUGGUAAUAAUUCAAAAGAGUGUUUUCUGCUGAUAAUAAAAAAGUUUCAACAGUCUUUAAUCAAGGCAAUUAGAUCUAAGAUGAGUAAUCGUUAUAAGAUAAACGAGAUUUUAAAUAGAUACCAAGGGAAAAGGAGACGACCUCCACCAAUUCUACAAAGAUUACAAGAUGAAAAUAUAAUUAAUCAAGAAAAGUCGUUAUAUUUGUUAAAUGAGUUUAAUACUCAAAAAUUGCGGUUCCUUGAGGGUCAAGAUGCAAGUUCUACUAAUUUGAGUUCGAAGUUAUAUAAUGCUAAAAAAGGUAAAAAUUUUUUAGAUUCCAAUGAUCGAUCAAUGGACUCAAUUUCUUCAAUGAUAGAAAAAGACUUCAAUAAGCCUUUUAAGUGGAAGAUUCUGCAUAACAAACUAGAUGAACAAUCCAGGAGAAAAUCAACCUCAAAAGAUAUCGAUUCGAAUUUAAUAAGUAAUUUUACUGAAUAUAAUGAAACUCAAAUUACAAAUCUGGAAGACUUACCAAUUAUUAUUGAUUUGAAAAUCAAUCAAACUAAAGUUAAUUACAUAGUAGAGUCCAGGAAGUCCGUGGUUAACAAUAAUGAGAAUAUAUCAUUAAUACCAGGUAGCUCACUAGCUCCAGAUAUUGAGCUGAAAGCAGUGUCAGAAGCAGUAAAUAAUUAUAGUGCAGGUAAUGAAACUGAUCCAUUAGAAAGUUUGAUAAGUGCAACUACACAAGUUAAACCAUCAAAGAAAAAUUAA